AUGGCUUUCCAUCUCAGAUCAAACAGUUUACCAUCUAAAUCUCAUCCAGAAAUUGCUAAUGUUGAAGACCAUAUCUGCAGACUGAAGUCCUCAGAAGAAGCAUCCGUUUCAGCUUCUUCCAUAUGCGCACAAUUGGCAAGCCUCAGAGAUUUACAUGAAGAUAUUAAUAAUUUGAUUCAGCUUCCAUCUGUCCAGCAAGCCCUCAUCGAUCAGGCCUGUGAGUUGCUAGAUGGAUCUCUCGAGCUUGUCGACAUAUGUGGAAUUGCUCGAGAUGUUAUAUUGUUGACAAAGGAAUCUGUUGAAGAACUCGAAUCAUCUUUGAGAAGAAAUAGAGGCAUUGAUACAUAUAUGAAUUCAAGAAAAAAGAUAGAGAAAAUGGUUAAAAAGUGCUUAAAAAAUCUGAAGAGUUUCGACAAAUGUUCUACAUUGUUCUUAAACAAAGACAGCAAUCUUAAAGCUGUUGCAAGCAUGCUAAAAGAAGGACAGGCCAUUAGCUUCUCUGUCCUCAAGUCUGCAUUAACAAUUUUUACCUCAAAGCAAAAAGCUUGGUCAUUAGUUUCCAAGUUCAGUCGAUCAAGCCAUGUACAUUCACAAACAGAAGAAGAAUUGUAUGCCUUGAACAUCGACAAGUUGCGAAAAGCCAUAGAGACAUUAUCUGUGCAAAAUGUCACGAAGCAGUUAAAAGAAUCAGAAAUGAUCUUCCAGGAACUUGAAGAGAACUUGGAAGCCUUCUUUAGGAGUUUAGUUAAAACUAGAGUUUCUCUUCUUAAUGUCCUCAACCAUUAG